AUGAAGAGGAUGCGAGAGGCUUCUAAAAGGAAGUCGAAGAAGAAGACUAUGAAGUUGGGAGAAAUGUCAGAAACCAGACCGCCUGUGCCUCUGGUCUCCUCUGCUUCAAGUAAGUCAGUUCCCUCUGACACUCUUUUAAACUCUAAUUUAAAGCAACUAUCUUCCUCUCUACCUCAACCAUCUUCUACCUACACAAGCUCUGAACCCACAACAUCCACUUCAAAUACCUUUGAACCUCAUAACUCUAACCCACCAUCACCCACCCUUCAACAAUUUAAUCUCACCACCACAACACUCCCCAUCUAUGAGGCUUUACUUCUAAAUGAACUCAUCUCACCUCUAUUCUCAACUCCUUCAUCUCCACCUUACGAUGACAUAUCCUCUGACUAUGACCAUCCAAAAACCAUUGAUCCUUCAUCUCCAACACUAUCUCAACUCCAAGCCAACAUACUAUCUGAUCAAAACCCAUCUGAGCCGGAAACCUCAAUGCCUUCCCCAUCUGAACAUCCAACAGAACCAUAA